AUGUCGCGCGAGGACGACGGCGUCGAGCGCGAUCUCUACGCCGCGCUCGGCGUCUCGAGGACGGCGAGCGAUGCGGAGAUCAAGCGGGCGUACCGCGGAAGAGCGUCGGCGCUGCACCCGGACAAGAUGGGUGGAGACGCGGACGAGGGACGACGUCGAGCGGCGCAGGCGGCGUUCGCGAGGCUCGGUGAGGCGUACGAGGUGUUGUCGGACGGUGAUAAGCGACGGACGUACGACGCGCACGGUAUGGCUGGGGUGCGGGCGGGACGGGAACUCAGCGCGCGGUUUAAGACGCUGGACGAGUUGCGCGCGGAGUUCGAUAAGCAGAGGGCGAAGGAACGAAGGGAGGAGGCGGAAGCGAGGUUGAAUUUUAACGGGACGUAUGUAUUUGGGUUCUCGGCGGCGCACUUGGUGGAGGAGUCGAUCGCGAGACGACGACGGGCGUUCACGGAUCGGCCCGGGUUGGAUUUGACGAGCGCGUCGAUGUCGAACUCGAUGGAGAUCCCGUUGAGCGAUGAAGACGCGGCGUACGCGGUCACGCAAGGAACGAUGCGCGGUGGACGAGGGGCGGGUAACAUCAUCCUCGGGUGGCGAAGGCAGUUUUCGCCGUUGACGUCGCUCGAUUUGAGCGCGCAGACAGGACACACGAGCGCGUGCACGGCGACGAUUUCGCGACAGCUCACGACGAACACCACGGGGGUGAUCUCGCACAAUUACGUCGCGCAGCAGGGGUGGGGACUACAGCUUAUGCUUCAACGGCAGCUGUUCGCGCAGACGCGCGGGCACGUGACGUGGAACGUGGGACCGGUCGGAUCGAUGGCGACUGGCGCGACGCACGCGUUUGGGAAGAACCAGGUCAAGAUCGAUCUCACGAUCGGACUCGCGGCGAGCGGAGUAGCGGGACAUUAUUUACGCCAGAUGAACGACACGUUAUUGUACCGCGUGGGUUGGAAAUUAGGUACCGCAGGGGCGGAAUUGGACGUCGGCGCGACGAAACAAGUCGACGAAGACACCGCGCUGGGCGCCAGCGUCUCCGUCAGUCUCAGAGGCCUCAUGCUGAGACUCAAGCUCAACAGACAGGGUCAGCGCUUCGUGGUGCCGGUGUUAUUGACCCCGAUGGUGACGUGGCGGAAGUCCCUAUUGGCGUUCACGUUGCCACCUAUCACCAUUGCGUUGUUGCGCCAUUUCUUGGUGCGACCGAUAGUCAAUAGUUACGUGCGAAAGAGACAGCUCGCUUCGAGAGAGAAGAAUAAGCGAGCCGUUGCGGCGGCAAUGCGAGAAGCGUAUGAGUCGAUGAAGGUUAUCGCAGCGGCGACUGACAAGAAGGCACGGACGGCGAGAGAGCGCGGCGGUUUGGUCAUCGAGUCAGCCGUCUUCGGCUGUUUCGAUCCGCGACCGAAUACUGUGAAGGGGGCGCCCAUCGUUCCUAAUUUCCGUCCCUGGGCACCGCCAGAGAACUUCAACGCCAAUGAUGCGUCGACCACGUCCGACGAGUCGACCGCGAGUCGACCGUCUACGUCGGGUCUCCCUCCGCCGUACGUCGAAGUCUCUCGCGCGCUCCAAUUCAUGGUGGACAGCGAUACGCUCGACCUGUACGAAAACGUCGCGAUGGACGACCUCUUGGGGUUCUGUGAUCCGUGCCCGGGCGAGAAAAAGUACCUACGCGUGCGCUACCGCUACCGACACUCCUUGCACGAGGUCACCAUCAAGGAGGACGAGGCGCUCUCCUGUCCGUCGCCCGAGCAUCGACUUCCAGAAAAACUCCAAGUCGACGCCGCGUCCGUCUAG